AUGUCUGGAAAAAAGGAGACGCCUAAUUCAAGGGCCCCUCCACUCAAUUUAACAACCCCUAGAAGGGAUUUGAAAAUAUUGUCAUCUCCUCUUGACACACAACAGGAUACCAGGGCUCAUAAUUCGAACAUACAGUACAACUGUUCACAUAGCGAUAGCAAAAUAUACAAGGUGACAAAGCCUGCUCGAUACUUGACCUUACAUGAAUCCAUCUGCUCCAGGCGAAGCCAUCAUAUUCAUAAUAAAUCUCUCCACGAAGACGGCACAAAAGCAUUAAGCUGGGUGAACUCUUUAAUAAAUAGAGGUAAAAGCAUACUCAGUACGAUGGAAAAGGAAGAUUCUUUGUUUGAGCGGGAACUUGAGAAGGAAAGACAGCGCUCCCAGCUUCAUGACUCUUUAAUUAACACCUAUACCGGUAGUAAUAAACCUCAUCAACGACUGCUUGAUCUCAAGAAGAGACAGUACGGAACGGAUACUUCUUUCCAAAAUAAUGAUGAAAUUCCUUUAGACAGCUUUAUUAGUUCUGUUUCCCCAGAGGUUGAGGACGAGACGUCCUCAAAUAUCUCCUUUGAUGAGGAUGAAGACCUCGAAGACGACCGGUCAUCAAUCAAGAGUAACAAUGUUAGAAAGGAUGAAAACGACUUAUUUGGAGAAGGUGAAGAUACUGGUGAUCGGAGCGAUGCUUCGAUAAUAAUAUUAUCAGAUGAAGAAUAUGCAGGAGGAGCAGCCUCUCGAGAUGUGUCGGAUGAAGGUGAGUAUGAUUCUCAGGAGGAAGAACAAGCUGAAAAAGUGGGUAGGGAACAGGAACAAGGAAAUGCCUAUAUCAACGAAGUAGUGGCUACUGUAACUACUUUCUCUAAUCUUAGUGACCAUCAAAACUAUUCUAGGAAAGCGAAAAUGCAGUUAGAGGAUAAUGAUAAUGAUAAUGAUGAUGAUGAUUUGGAAAGUAGUCCCGAAAAAUAUGGAGGUCACGAUGAAGAUGUCGAUGAAGAUGUCGACGAAAGUUACCAUGAAGGAGAAGCGAAAGAUUCAAUUGACUUUUCAAAGUACAUGCAACCGAGAACAAAUAAUAUCAAAGCCUCAAAUGUUUCAAAACAUCAAUCUUAUCAUAACCAAAUUCGUCAUACGUAUUCCGAAGAUGGAUCAUUUGAUUCCGGUUCAGUUAAUAUUUCAAUGGAUGAUGAAUCUGAAGGUGAAAGGAAUGAAGAAGAAAGUUCUAGUUUGUACUCAGAAGACGCUGCUAGUAUGCACUUUUCCAAUGAGCAAGAAUUAUUAGACAGCGGAUCAGAUAGUGGACAAGAGAGUGAAAAAGAAAAAUUAAGAGAUUUUGAGUACGAAGUUGUGCACGGAAAAGAAAAUACAUUAGAAGAGACUCAUAGUAUAAGCGAUAGUAAAAACAAGGGUAUUAAUAAAGGCGCUCAUAGUGAGGACGAAAAAGAAGAUCAGGAAAGUGGGCGACAAUCCGAUGAAGAUGAUAGUAUUCAAAUUUCUUCUGAUGAUAGUAUUAAAAUUGCUUCUGAUGACAGUUUUCAUGAAAGUAAUAUUGAUGACUCGGAUUCAACCUUGGAAAGGAAAGGAAUCCAUUCUGAUGAUGGCGGAAAUUAUGAAGCAAUUUCAGAAAAUACUGAAAAUAAUUUGGACCAGCAACAGCAAAAUUUUGAAAAUUCAGAAGAUAACUUGUAUAAUCUCGCCAAAAAAGCUAUGCUUCAGUUGCAAGAGGGUAAGAACUUGAUCAGAUUUCAGGCAGAAGAGAAAGUUUCCGAAUCUGACCAAGACAAUUCAGACAGAAGAGACAUAUCUACAAUAUCCUCACAGGAAAUCGAAGAGCAAACAUCAACUCGAAAAGACUUCGCUUACAGAAUAGGAAACGAAAAUCCAGAAAUUCGUCGAGAUGGUUCUCAACUAUUUGACGAAGUAAUAACUGAAAAAGCUUCAAAGAAAUAUUCAGAAAAUCCAUUAGAAGGGGAGUUGAAGUCACUUUCCGCAGACUCAACACUUAACAAUUUAUCAAUUGUAGAUGAAGACACCGUCUACUAUUCUCUUGAUGAAACUGAUGCUGUAGGACCAGAAAAUUUCACCAAUGCUCCUGUUUUGAAAACUAAGCCUACAAGUUCCGCAUACGAAAUAGUAUUUUCAGGGUCUGUGUAUAGUUCUACCUCUUCUGAAGAUAAUUCAGAGAUCAUGCCGUCACAAGUAGAGUACGCGUCGCCUUUCGUGAAUGACCCAUUCGAUGCGUUGGAUGAUGACUAUGAAAAAAAGAAUAGCAUAUUAAAGUCAACACUAGCAGCUUUGGCUGGGCCUAUUGAUUCAGAAACCGAAGAACAAGAAUCCACAGAAUUUUGUUCAACAUUUAAAUCUGGAAGCUUCGACGUCGUUCAAAAGUUAAGCGAAGAAAUCCAUCAGAUGAGUGAUUCUGACGAAAAUACUGAUACCGGAAAUGAAGAUAUGCGUACUGAGAAUAAUAAAGAAAAAGGGACGAUUUCCAUCGUGACAACUGCCGCUGAUAAAUCUAUUGAAGAGAAUGUGGAUGAAACCUACUUUUCGGCGGUCAAUUAUACCAAUAUUAGAGAGGAUUCUUCGUCCGAAGAGGUUAUUGAAGAACCAGCUUUGGGUGCGGAGGGAGAUUCAAGACUGUGUGUUAAGGAAAUGAACGAAGUAGAAACUUCAACUGACUGCGAAGAUGGCAAAGGUGAUGAAAAUGAUAAUAUGACACGGAAUGUGUUUGCGCCCAAUUCGUCAGAUGAGUACCAACCGGUCGGUAGUAGCCCUGGCUCUCCACCUAUUAAAAUCAAGUCAAAGGAUAGUGACACUGAAAAGGAGUUACUUGGGAAAGAUUUUACAACCCCUAAAGUUGAUGCUGAUGUCAUUAUUGAAGGUCCAAGUGAAGAAAUGAGGUCUCAAGAUAGCUCACAUCAAGAAAAUGCUACACACUUGGAAGUCAAUUAUAAAGUUGUUGACCUGGACCGUAAACACGAUAAAGGAUAUACGGAAAAUUCAUCUGAUGAGGAUCCUACUGGUUCAGAAUUUGGAUACGAAGUUGCUGCUGACAGCGCUAAUGGAGGCAAAAAAAUAAGCAUGGGAGAAGGUGAUUCCGGAUUUAUAGAACCCAAAAGUGAGACAGCUGGUACAAAUCAUGGUGAAGAAUUACCCACCAAGGAAAUUAGUGCCACUUUGCCUGUAGAAGUUCACAAUGAGAAUAUGUUCACUGAGGUCAAUUGCCAAAAGACAAAGAGAAAAGAUGAGGAAAUGGAUGAUAUCAAAGAUGUAAACACGAACGAAGCGCAGAUUACCGUUAUCGAAAUAAUUGAUGAAGAUGUAAAUGAAAAUAGUACCAAAAAAUUGGAAAAGACGUGGGUUGAAAAAACGCAUUAUGAAGAUUUCUCUGGAAAAAAAACAACCGCUCUUGAAGAAAAUGCUAAUAUGAAUAACAGGAGCAGCCAAGCUUCAUCUGAGUCGGAACAAAAAGUUGGUUGUACGGGCGGGGAAAGUUCUGAGGACGAUAUCAAGGUUAAUUUGGAAGUUCAGCCUCCCGGCCCUAAACUUCAAUCCGUUAAGUUAUUAAAACCAGUAUCUACUUACUCUAAUGUAUUUUCAUCCCCCAUUCGUGCACUUGAAACAGUUAGGAAGGAAGUGGGGAAGGUAGUGGACUUGGCCGAAUCAUUUGUGAAAAAAAUUGACGUUAUGGAUUCUGAAAGUGAUGAUGCUGCUGGUAUCAGUAAUGGUAGUGAAGAACCUUCUGAAGACACGGUUUCUUGUGAUGCAUCUGAUGAUACGGAAAAAAUAAUCAGAAAAGAGAAAGACAACUGGUACAAGGGCGAGGCUACUGCAAUUGAAGAGGUUACAACAAAAACAUAUAGUAGCAAGCAUAUUGCACAUGCAACAAAUAUGAAGACAACGAAAAAUGGUCAUGAUGAAGGAAAAUCAAGUCACAGUAGUUAUUUUGAAAUAUCUGAACAGGAACUAAUGGAUAAUGAUAAUCUGCAGGAGUCGAAAGGGUCACUAAUUGAACGUUUACAAUUGGAUCAGAACAACGAUUACGACAUAGAAGAAGAAGAGGAUGAAUCAAUAUAUAGGGAGAAAAAAUCAGCGAAUAUUCACGCAGAUGAUAUAGAUGAUAUUGAAAAACAACAGCUUCUAAAGAAUCUAAAUUAUUUACAAAAUUACUCCCAGAAGCUCACUGAAAACUUCAAGCGAGGCACAGAUCAAGUAAAAUCAAAAGAAAUAGACACAGGUGGUUAUCAAGAUAUGAAAAUUGAAAAGCCUGUUGAAGAGAAAUACGUCGGAGCCAUUGAAGAAGACAGUGUUCCCGAGUUGGAUAUAAGUGCUCGGUCGAUCGAGAGUGAGGAAGACCUUUCAAAAGAGCAAGAAAAGUCAAUAGAAGAACUACAUUCAGAGCCAGAAGGGGAAAAACUGUUUGCGCUUGACAUGCAAACGCCUACACAAACGGCAGCUUUUGCCAAAAGCGAUGACGAAGAAAAACAACGUGGAGUUAUACCAUCUACGGAUCUUCCUUCCGAUCCUCCCUCUGAUACGGAAGAAACGACGGAUUCAUAUACCAAUUUAAAAAUGGAGAGCAAAUCUCCUGAGGUGGACGCGCCUAUCUCGCAAGAAGUGUACGAAAUACUCUCGGACACACCAAAUGAAGUCCUGUUGGAAACUAAUGACGAAUUGUCCAGUGCUAUGCUGGAGAAAGAUAACAAAGGUACUAAGACACCCACCUUGGACGAUGCUUCAGAAGAUUCAUCCUACUACAAUAUCAGUCAUAAAUCUGGCCGAAAUUCUACAAGCAUCAAGGUAGAUGAAGGUGAGGGGGUUGAAUUUAGAGCCGAAGAUAUACCCAUUGAGAUAGAAAUUGAAGAAGAACAAGAAAAAAUGCCUUCAAAUUCUACACUUGAAGGUAAUAAACCAAAGGCGGAAUCCAACAAUGAAGAGAGCCUUGGAAUUAACGACGCUGAAGUAAUUGGCCCAGAAGAGGAAGAGUCGAAAACGAAGAAGAAAAGUCGGAAGAGAAACUACAACAGUAGAAGAAGAAAAAGAAAAAUCACAGAAGAUAGUUCUACUAACUCAAGAAGCAAAAGAAGCAAAGGGCAUGGAGUUAAAGCGCGUAAAAAGAAUGCACGUUCCAGCGGAAGCAGAUGA